GCCGGUUUUUAUUUUUUUUAGUUUUUGCUUUUCAAAACGGAUAAUAUACAAAUUAAUUACAAGUUCGCGAACCUGAUAGUAACAUUACUGUGGCGAUUCUCAAGGUUUUUAAAGAAUAUUUUUGUAUACAGACAAUUUAAAGUAAUGCUUAUCCUCGGACUACAGUAAUCAAUUAAAAAAAUUGCUCAACAUAUUUUUCUGAUUUUUCGGUAGGCAUUAGUAAAAAUUUCAACGAAUUUUGUACGAGUUUUUUUCCGCUUGUGUUUACCAACCUAUAAUACAUACAUAGUUUUUAUUGUUGUUGUUAAUUUCGUUUAAACUCUACAAUGUCUAUGAACGAAUUGUCAUCACUGUGCUCGUCGUUCGACGAUACACAGUACGAAGAAGAAUUUCUAGCGUUCAAAGAACAAUUGUUGAAAGUGCAGGGUCUGGUCGACAAAUAUAAUAACAAGAGUAAGUAUACUCUAAUAUUAUAUGGGCGUACACAAUUUCAUUACCUACUUUGUGUUGUGUAAUUUUCGCAGUUAUCGAAAAAACGUUGUGCCAAGCAGAUCUUGUCGAAAUGAGUGAAUCGAUGAAAUACAUGACAGAACUCGAACAGCUAGUAACUAAGGAGAAAAUGAGUAUGUGUCCUUUUGUCUUUUUGAAUUGAACAACACUGAAUAACAUUGCAGUGCCAAACAGCAUACUAAGUGGUAAUAAUUUCCAGAAUCGAGUUACGUAUCGUAUAAAACAUUGUCUUUAAAAAUGAUUCAAGAAUCUUAUCGCAUUUGCAAUUGGCUGAUGGAAAAGCAUUGCGAUGAAAUGGAUAAUGUGUUCACUAUUGAUUCGUUUAUGGAUAAAGUUGUAUGAUAAUAUUAUUGUUUUGCUUUACUGUUAAAAAUAUUUUUCAACUACGAUGCAGCUAUUAUAAUGAUGUUUUUAUUUUUUAAGAUUGAAGCGACUCGCGGUAAAGAUCCCCUGGACCAUUUGAAGACUUUAUUCGCAGGCGUCUACAAGAAUACAAUGUACAUGAACAUCAAUUUUUGUGGCAAUAUUAAACCGGUGGGAACUGCUGUUGAUAAACCAGAAUUAGUUCAACCAAAAAAAGAAAUUAAAAGAUCACAAAAACGAGUGUUGGAAACUCAAGUUAUCCCUGACGAGGUGUCUAGAAAUAUUAUUACUUUAAUGAUAUUAAUUUGAGAGAAAUUAAAAUAUUUGCGUCAUUAUGAUGAAUUAUUUUUACUUUUUAAACAUAUAGGUUCAGGACGAUUCCGGUGAUAACGAAUUGCAAAUUACUUUAUUGAGAAUAACCAAAUGUUUAAAAUUUGCUGUAUCAAAUAAUGAAAAUCAACCAAUAUGUUUUUAUAAGUUUGCCAUUGACCCAUUCAGUCUGACAUAUACCGUAGAAAAUCUAUUUAAUUUGGCUUCGUUAGUUAAGGAUAAUCUCAUUAUAAUUGAUUCAGGUAACAGUAAAAUGGUUAUUAAAUUCAUUAUUUUUAAUUUAUGUCCGGGUUGCUACAGAUUUUAGAUUUUAAAAUUUCAUAAAUUUUUAUGUAAUUUUCGAUCAGAUAGUACAUAAUAUUAAAACUAUUUUUUAAUAUGACUUAUCCAUACGUCCUGUGUUUAAUAGUAAAUAUACAUUCUUUUAUAUUUUAUACAUCACUUUAGUUAAUUUUAACAAUUUUAUAUGUUUGGUACUAUACUCUGAGCCACGAGAGAAGUAAACCGUGGUCCUGCUAAAACACGUCCAAUAACGCGCAUGUAUACACAUCUUAGCACUCAACUGAAUGAAACAAAGUGGGGGAAACCGUACCUCUGAACAGUCAUUGUCCUCAGCUUAUAUGUGCAAAAUGGUUUACUUCUCUUGUGAGCCAGAGUAUAGGUAUAAAUGUUUUUUUUUUUUUUCAUUUUUCCUAUUCCUCUGACAAAUUUAAAAUUCCCUAAUAUUUUCAAGUAGCAACCCUGAUUUAAAUAUACAUUUCCAACAAAUAUUAUUAUUUCAAAUUUUUAGUUUAUAAAAAAAUAAUAAUACUUCAUUAAUCACACUAUUAAAACACUCAAUUAUGAUUUACCAUAGUAGUGUAACAUUUUGUUUUUUGGGCAGUUAUUGGCCAAAUAUUACUAUAAUGUUAUAUAAUAUUAUUUUUUGUGUUAAUUCAAUGUAUAUAUAUUUUUUUGUCUAUUUGUUAAAAAUAUAUUUUCUAUACAGACAAAAAUGGCCAUUUUACAACCAUAAUAGACAAUCAAAAGCCCGAAAAGGUCAAUAAAGAUAAUUUAGUAUCAACUUUAUUCAAAAUAAACCAUGAGUUGUGGCAGGUGAUUAUUUAUUAUAAAUUAAACGUUAACAGUAGUCAACUUUGCAUAUUUAAUGUAGAACUAUUGUAAGGAAAUUUAGAUUUUACAAACAUAAUUUAAUAAAAUUAUUAUUUUUUUUUUUCAGUAUUAUAUUAAAAAGUAUAACAUCACUGAAAGAAUGAUAGAACAAGACAGAGAGGAAUAAGUUAUACAGCUAUAAGUUUCUCCUUUUAUUUAAAUAUAAAAUGUUUAUACUUAUAUUAUCAUCUAUUAAAUUAUAAGUUCCUUUUGUUAAUAAAGAAAAUUGUGUAUGUAUUUGUAACCAACAUUUAAAUAAUUAUAUGUUUAAUACAUGAUAUGCCAUUGAUAAUAUAAGUUUUUAAGAACUGCCAUCAUUUUACAAUUUGCU